AUGUUCAAACAUUCAUCUCUGUCAUCGAAUGACCUUCAAGAGGAGAAUGUUCACAUCAACAACAACACAUUGGAGACAUCUUCUUCUUGCGAUUGUAGUAGCGAUGGCAGCAGCGAUGAUAGUAGCGAUGGCAGCAAUCGUGGCGAAAAUGAUAAAACUGUUCAUCAUGAACCACAUGAAUCAUCAUCAUCCACUACUGAACGACAUGAAAGUCUUCUUGUCCGAAGGGUUUUGAAAUUAUUAAAUUUAACUCCAGAACGAUUUCCGAGUGAAAGGCUUGCAUGGAUGGAAUUGAAAAGUGUAUUUGAUAUGAAUGCGGAACCUUUUGUUAUGUUGAAAGGAGUAACAUUUGAACAAGAAGUUUCUCAUGAUGAUGAGAAGAAAGAAAUCAUUCCUUCCAAUAAUAAUAAUAAUAAUAAUAACAACGAUCAUCAUCAUAAUAAUCAUGAUCACAGCAAUUCUAUGAAUCAUCAUGAAGUAAAUCAUGCCGCAUCACUAAAUAAUCAUGAUGAUGGAAAUACUUUGAACGAGGAUCCAUUCAUGAUUAUUUCAAAACAACAUUCGGAAUAUUUACAACAAAUUGGAAGGACAUUGAGUUAUAUUUUGAGUCGUGUGUUUAAGGAAAAGAAGUGUUAUCAUCGAAGAGAUUUACCAACCAUAUGGAUUGAAGCUAGGAAAUUGUUUUUUGAUUAUUGCCAUGAAAUUGAUCCAUCUUUAAGUGAGGCUUUCAAUGUGCCAUCAGGAAUGAAUCACAAAUCGGGAAAUUCAGAAUUUUUGGAAGGAGAUCUGCCUUGUCAUUAUGAUUUGAAAUCAUCAUCACAAUCGCUACUAAAUUAUUUGAGAGUCAUCCAUUUGGAAAAUUGCUGGAAAUUAUAUUGUGAAGAAUUGUGGUGUCGACUCUAUCAAUUUACUGACUAUUCAAAAUUUAGUGAAGUACCUUCUCCAGUACAAGUUGUUAAUCAAGAAGCUUCUAAAACACAGAAUGUCAAUUUGUUGGAGGAAAUUAUGCAAUUCAUUGAAAAUGAUUCGAGUGAGACGAACAAGAGUGUUGAAAAGAUGAGUAAAAAAGAGAUGAAGCGACUGAGAAACAAAAUGCUUAAAGAUGCUAAAAAACAAAACAAAGCAAGCUCCAGCGACAAUCAGGAAAUUUCUGAAGAAAAAGCUCUUAUUUCACAACAAGAUUGGCUAUCAAAAAAGAAUGGUUUCUUCAUGUCAAAGCAAUGUCUCGAUAACGUGAGGUAUUUCGUGUGGGGAUAUCAUCACACUUUCGAAAGUGACUGGUACAUGAAGGAUAUACUUGAUUUACACUUUUCACAAGGGACUAAUCCAUUCUCAAGAUAUAACAAUAUUGUUCUUCUUGACUUGGACAAUGUGGGACAAUCCAUCUUCUUGCUGAAGGAGAGAAAUUUUGAUUAUGGAAAAGAUUGUCUCAUGAUUGGAGUUGCAGGUCCAAAAUACUCCACAUCGCUACGAGUCUCUGAAGAAGUUCUUCGUGAGAGAGAGUCAAGUCUGCAUUUUGUAAAAAUUAGAAUGCUCGAAGAGAAUGGAUGCAUUGGAAUGAAUGCUUUUGAAAAGUACUUGUACGAUUUCUAUGAUAGAGGAUAUUUCAAAAAGUAUAAGGAUGCAGCGGAUUAUUUACUUGGUUGUUUAGCUGGAGCAUUGCAUCGUGUGACCGAUAUACGGACAAGAAUCUUUAUUGUUAGCAAAGACGAUGGAUUGAGGCACAUUCAAAAAAGUUUAAUUAUCAGAGGUAGACACUCGUAUUUAGUCACCUCUCAAGAAUCUCUAAUGUACACUCUUGAUAAUUAUUUAUUCUCCAACGAUGCCCAAUGGGAUCGAUUGGAUCGAGAGAUUGAACCAACCUUGACGAAAUUUCAUUCACUCUCUCUCGAUGAUCUUUCCUCAGCCAUUUCAGAACAAACCUCGAGUCACAUUAUCAAGAAUGAAUCUAUUAAUAUUGACGAAUUGAGUGACUCCAAAGUGAGUGAAGAAGAGAAAAUGCGAGUCUAUUGCAGCAUCACUGGAGUUUCAUUUGAUCGUGAAGUUCACGAAAAGAUUUUGGGAGAUUAUAUUUUGGAAUAUUAUGAAAAAGAAAGUGAACACAAGAUGAUUCGUAUUGAUUCUAUUCGAAUUAAGGGAAGAAGAUUUUCAUUUCAAGGAUGGCAAGGAAUUGGCAAAGUUUUAUUCCUUCCUCACAUAGAUAUUACCAGGAUGACAGAAAUUGAUGUCAGAGGUUGUAGAAUUGAAGACGAUGGAGCCAUUCAACUUUUUGAGGCAGUCAAGAAAUGUCACUGUUUAACACUCAUCGAUGUUGGUGCAUGUUUUUUAACAGACAAGUGUGCUCACGCUAUUGCUAGUUAUUUAACAAGUGAAAAUUGCUCUCUACAAACUUUGGAUCUUCGAUGGAACUCUAUUGGGGCGAAAGGAGCAAAAACAAUCAUGGAUUCUCUUGAAUUUAACACCUCACUCACUAGCAUUUCAUUUCGAUUGAAUCCCAUUCAACAUGUUGGUGCCAAGUAUGUUUUACGAAAAGCAUUCGAAUAUUCUGCAGGUGAGAGAUUUGGUAUCGCUGUGGAUGUCCGACAGACCUGCAAGAAUGAUGACUUGGGAUUUAUUUUCCAUGACAUGUUUGAAAAUGUUGUCAUUGACACCCAGAGUGGAAGAAGAGGACCUUUCGCUGUACCUAUUGCUUUGGACCUGUGUGGAGAUGAGAUUUAUCCAAAUGGUAGCAUUCAUUUGGCAAACUUUUUGAACAAGAUCUCUCUCCAUCGAUUGCAACUUCAUUUUGAAAUUACACAACUCAUUCUCGAUUACAAUAAUUUGGGCGAUCAUGGCACUGAAAUAUUAUCAAAGGGUCUUAUGAAUUCCCAGUCAAUUCUCGUAUUGACUCUAGGACGAAAUUACAUCAAUGAGAAGGGAGCGAUUUGCAUUGCUGAAUUCCUAAAAGCCAAUCAGUCACUCACAUACUUGGAUUUACAAAAGAACAAAAUUGGAGAAUUAGGAGGAUUUGCCAUCGCCAAUGCACUUCGACAAAAUCAAGUGUUAACACAUCUCAAUUUGAAAAGUAAUUACAUUGGUGAUUUAGGAGCGAUUGCAUUCGCAAACAUGUUCUCUCCAUUCAAUUACAUUUAUAAGAGUGACAUUAGCAGUACCUCAUCAACAGAAUCAUCAUCAUCACCCUCACGUGAUCAGAAACAAGCUUACAACUCGACUCUCAUCCAAUUGGAUUUGACAAAUAACAGAAUGACCAACACGAGUGCCAAAUAUUUGACUGAAUCUCUGAAAAUGAACUCGUCUCUCGGUCGAGUGAAUUUAGGCAAUAAUCCAGACAUGCUCUCAGAUUCCAUCAUUAAUCUCGUGAAAGGAUUUUAUUCGCAACCCACAAGUGAAUAUCAAGAUUUAAAUUGUGGAUCGUGGUGGCUUGAACUUGCUGAUUGUUCUCUCAAGGAUAAGGCCAUGCAAUGUUUGGAGAGAUUUCUAAAAAAACCACUUUCACAUUUAUUUAUUAGUGGAAAUGUUAUGGGAGAUGUUGACUAUUCACAAGACGUUCGUUCAAUACUUGAGCAAUUUUAUCCGUACAGUGACAUUUUUGCAAACAAUAAUUCCAUCAUUUUCAUGAAUAGCAUGUUUCACAAUUUGGCAGAGUCAUUGGUUUGUGUGGAUUUGAGGUCGUCUUCAAUUGGAGACGAUGAAUUACCACUGUUGUUUAAUGAUCAGUCGAUUCUACUCGAUCGACUGCACCCUCAUAGAAGAGCUUCAAAUAUUUACUACUUGAAUCUCGCCGGAAAUAACAUUACAGCAAAGGGAGGAGUAUUUCUGAAACGAAUGCUUCAAUACAAUACAUCAAUUACGUGCCUAAUUUUGAAUUACAACUCACUCGGGGAUGCUGGAUUGAAAGACAUAAUGGAAGGAAUUGCUGACCACAACAAUACACUGACAAGUCUCUCCGUUCGGAAGAAUGACAUUACUGAUGCUGGAGCCUUACUGAUUUCAGAGUUCAUGAAAACGAAGAAGGAAAAGGCCGUACUUGGCUCAUUCGAUUUGGAUAGCAAUCUCAUCACCGAUGUUGGAGCUGAGUAUUUGAGUGCUGGCAUUUCUGACCCAGAUUAUUCAGCUCUUUACUUUUUCAGUGUGGAACGAAAUGCACUGACAGGACUUGGCAACAAGAUUCUUCUACAAAGUGCUUCUCGAAAACUGACCUCGGACACAAAUUCAGGUAUUAUCCAAACGAUUCACUUGAGUCUGUAG